UCCCAAAUUCAUUGGCGAUUUGUUGUUACCUUGUAUCAUGAAGGCAUAUGUAUGCAUUUAUUUAUGUUUUAUUGCCUCAGCUUUGUGCUUAAAAUGCAGCACACGCAAAGGCUGUAAAGGUUCGGAAAACCAAAAUAUCCCAACUAAAGCUAUAGACUACUGGGUGAUUGUUGGUGAUUUACAAGAAUCGUGCAGUACUUGCAUAUGCAGAGAAGUAAAAAAAUACACGAAUUCAUGCAUCGAAGCAGUUGAUGAAUACAACGAGAAAGGGAUGAAGAAAAGCUCAUUAGGCAAUCGCUUAAAGGGAAUUUCUAUUGAUACAGCGCAUGAUGUAAUUGAUGAGGAAGUUGAACUUCCUAAAAAGAAAGCAAUAUCUAUUGAAUGUGAAGACGCGCCCUCUCCAAUUUUUGAUGAGGAAUCAGGAACUUUUAGUUUUCCCGCCUUAAAAUACGUGCAUUUCUAUUACGUCGAAAAGGAAUCGUUCUGUUGUCAGAGACAAAUGUCGAAGGAAAAGCUGAAUUCGUUAUGUGAAGUCAAGUAUGAUGAUAGAUGCCACGCAAGAAUUGUUGAAAAGGGCGACAGUUCCAAGCUUUGUGGAGUAAAUUUUUCAAUCGCGCAACGGACAAGGUCUCUGAAGAACAACAACAACAAAAAGAAAGCUAGUUAAAAAUAAAUUACCCCAUUAUAUCAAAAUUCAGAACUUUAGAGUAAGAAAAAAACAUUGGCCCAUAAUCAGGAGUUGGGUGGUCAUCGAAGUUUGUAUAACCGGUCAUAUCUGACUAUUCAUUUCAACAAUCUCGAAAAUCUUUAGAUAUUUUUCAUGUUACUCAUAAGUCAUAAGUAAUUGCGGACAGCUUUUACGUUCUGCCAUCCCGUUAGAGAUAUUGGGAUAGUGAUACCUAAAAUCUCAUUUUCCAUUGGCUGAUGUACUUUUUUGUUUGUUUUCAUUCUUAUAUUUAUAUUAUUUACGCUCUUCAAAUCGUGUAUUUUUCAAAUAUAUAUUAAAAAAUGUACGUCGUCAACGUUUAUUUGACUGCUUGAUGCAGUGAGGUUUUAAAUAUAGGUGAAAUUUUGUUGCGUAGGUUAUCACGCGGUCAGAUCUGGUAAUUCUAUAUGUAACACACAGGGUUAAAGAAGUUAGAACUAUCAAACA